AUGGCGUCGGUUCUCGAUUUAAUAAAACACUACCAACAUGCGAUUGAAAAGUAUCCAAAUGAUGAACAUAAAAUUCUUAAAUGCAUAGAUAAGUUAUUUCAUCUGGAUGUGACGGUACAACAUCUACAAGAAACAGGAGUAGGCAGAACUGUGAAUGCACUUCGUAAAGAGCCAGGAGACGUUGGCCAGGCAGCAAGGGCGCUUGUUUACAAAUGGAAGCUUAUGGUAGCUUCAGAGGAGAGCGACCAGGAAACUGAUAACAAUGAAACUUCCAAGUAUAAUGGACAUGAUGAUGGAGAUUCGGAAGAAAGCCACAAAUCCAAAUAUAAAACAGAGAAACAUCACAGUAGUUCCAAAUCAGGAGAUAAGUCACAAAGGCACAUGAAUGGUGAUCACAAUCAGACCAAAAGAAAAUACCACAGUAGUGAGGAAGAUGAACCAGAAACAAAAAGAUCCAAGUCAUAUGGUAAUGAAAAUGGUUUAAGAAUCAAAUCAGAACCUGAGACAAAAUCUGAAAAUUCUGAUUCAGAAAGUGAAAGUUCAUCAGGUAGUGAUAGCGAAAGUGAUAACUCACAUUCUUCAAAUGAUGAUAAAAAUGGUCUUAGAAAAAAAAUUAAAGAAGAAAAAUCAGACAAGCAACAAUCUCAUCAAAGUAAACAUUGUAGUAGUCACAGUCAAUAUUCUAAAAGUUCAAGUUCUGAAACAGAUAAAAUGUCUUCUGUCAAAAGUUCUAAACACAGUUCAGAACAUUCUAAACACCUAGAUGCUCCAAAACACAAAUCUCACGAUUUGCAUAGGCAUACUUCAAAAGAAAUCAAAGACAAAGACCAACACAAGGACAAAAAAGACAAAGAGCAUAGAUCAAAGGAGAAAUAUAAGUUUCCACAUAAGGAAAGAACAACUGAAACAGAAGAGAAAUCAAAACCGGAAUCAACCAGCAAACACAAAAGUAUAGACAAACAUAAAAUAGAGAAAGAAAAGUCUUCAAGUAAUGGCAAAGUACACAAUAAAGAGAGAUCUUCCGAGAAAGAAAGAAGCUCAGAAAAAGAAAAGAAAAAUUAUGACUCACCUAGUAAACAUAGUUCUGAAAAGCAUAAAUCUAAUAGUUCAGACAAGACUAAAAGUGAUAAAUCUAUCAACAAGCCAGAAAAACAUUCGAGUUCCGAGAAAGAAAAACACAGAUCUGAUAAAGAGAAACAUAAGAGUUCUUCAGAUAGUUUAAAAGAGACAAAAGAUAGUAAAUCAAGGCACAGUUCAUCUAGCACAGAGAAGUCAAAAGACAAAACUUCCUCUAAAAGCAGAGAGCAUAAAAGUGAAAAACAGUCUGCAAGUGAUUCUUCAAAAGAAAGUAAUAGGAAAUCUAAAAGUGAUAAGAAAGAAAGUAGUAGUCAGAAGGAUAAACAUAAGUCUAGUAGUAAAAAACAUGAUAUACCAAAGAUUAAGUCACAUGAGACAAGCAAUGGCGACAGUGAUGAUGGCAUUGGCUGUGAAUCAGGUGCUAGUUUUGCAGAGGCACUAGGUAUGGUGAGUCCAGUCAAAGCUAAAAAGAAGAGUAUUAAGGAAACUCAUUCGCCAAAUAGUUCCUUUAAUGGUGAUCUCAGCCCAGCUUCCUUAUUAGCGCCGACUGCUAAGCUGGCUCCACUUCCCAAUAUAGAGAUAUCUGCCCUCCCAGAGAUUUCACCCAACUACAAACCACGACCACCUCCGAAGUUCCUACCGCACUUUGAUGAUAUUGAUUUAAGCACUGUCAUGUCCUCAAAGAACCAAAGAACCAAAGUGUACUCCGGAAAUAAGGUGAUGGGAAAGAUACCUUCACUGUACGAAAUGUGCGUUCAAGUUCUUCAGGAACAUAUUGACGCUCUUGAAUACACCGGCGGUGUGCCAUAUGAAAUAUUGAAGCCGGUGGUUGAUAAGGCAACGCCGCAACAGCUGUUUAUGUUGGAGCAUUAUAAUCCCUACCUUAUGGAGGACACAGACCAUCUCUGGCAAAAGUUUUGUGAGAAACAUUUUAGAAACAAGAAACGGAUGGAAAUGGAAACAUGGAGGGAAAUGUACAUGCGUUGUCAAGAAGAGCAAGAAAUAAAAUUGAAAUCUCUUACGGAAAACAUUAAAAUAGCCCAAGAAGCGAAGAAAGCGCCAAUAAAACAAACAAAGAUGGCUUACGUUGACUCAGUAGUCAAACCACCGCGAGGUGUUGCCAGGAAACAGGCGCAGCAUGGUACAGCGUUUGCGGCCACUGCGAGCCCAGCAGCGCGAGUGGCGGCUCUAGCCUCCGGUCCCAAUAUACUAAAAGGAGGCAGACCUUCACCAGUUACCUCAGUCUCAGCGUUUGUUAAACCCAAAAAAGCACCACUAAUGCAAAAAGCCCUGCAAUUCAUGCGUGGCCGGAAGCGGUAA